AUGAUUACACAAAGGUAUAUAUAUAUUUUAUUCUUCCAAAUUUUUAUACUUUUAAUGUUUCCAUCAUUCUCAUUAGCCAUUGAUACACUCACAUCAUCUAACCCACUAACCAUAAACCAAACUCUGGUAUCUAACGGUGACGUUUAUGAGCUCGGUUUUAUCAAUCCAGCCAACGAUGGUAAUUUAUAUAUAGCUAUUUGGUACAAGAAUGUUGAACCGAAAGUAUACGUUUGGGUAGCUAAUAGAGACAACCCCAUUACUUCAUCAUCAUCAAAUAGUACAAUGUUAGCUAUAGGCGAUGACGGAAACGUAGUUAUACUAUCUAAUGAAACAGUAACCCCUGUUUGGUCAUCUAACCAAUCGGUUUCGGUUGUAAAUACAGUUGCACAACUUCUUGAUGAUGGUAAUUUUGUUUUACGACCCGAGAAUAAUGAGAGUUAUUUUAUUUGGCAAGGGUUUGAUUAUCCUACAGACACGCUUUUGCCUGGGAUGCAACUUGGUUGGACUCGUAAAGAUGGGGUGAACCGGUUUUUGCAAUCAUGGAAAUCAGAUAUUGACCCGGGUAGUGGUGAUUAUACAGUUAAGAUGAAUAUUGAUGGUUUCCCCGAGUUUUUUUUGUAUAAGGAGGAAAGGGAAGUAAUAUAUAGAAGUGGAUCGUGGAAUGGAAGAAGGUUUAGUGGAGGUGGAGCACCCCGGAUGGAAAACACCCCGGUGGAGUACGAGUUUGUUAACAACUUGGAUGAGAUUACAUAUACAUUUGUGUUGAAGGAUAGGUCGGUUUUUUCAAGAUUGUUUAUGGAGUCUUCAGGUAAGAUUAGACGUUUAACGUGGGUUGAAACAACUGGCACGUGGAGCGAAUACUGGUACGCUCCACGUGACAGAUGUGAUAAUUAUAGCGAAUGUGGGAAUUUUGGUAUAUGUGAUGCAAACUCUAUUUCUAAUUGUAAAUGUAUGAAAGGAUUCAGACCGAAAGACCAAAUAGCUUGGGAUCUACAAGAAGGGAAGGAUGGGUGUGUUCGGGCCACCAAGUUGGAUUGCUGGUCCGAUGGAUUUUUGGCUUUGAAUAACACAAAGUUGCCAGAGAGUAGCAAAGCGUUUGUUAAUAAGACAAUGAAUUUGGACGAGUGUCGUGAGAUGUGUAAAAGGAAUUGUUCUUGUACUGCUUAUGCUAAUAUGAAUAUUACUGGUAGUGGGUCGGGUUGUGUGAUUUGGGCUGUGGAUCUUUUGGACAUGAGACAGUAUGUUGAAUCUGAAGGAAGUGGACAAGAUCUUUACGUUAGAGUUGUAAAAUCUGAUGCCGGUCCACAUGAAAGAAGCCAAGAUUUCUUGAUGAAGGAAGGGAAUAUGUCAGUAAGCAAGAAGGAUUAUGCUGGUGAAACAACUCAAGAACUUGAAUUACGUUCCUUUAAAUUUACGACAUUAGCUAAAGCAACAAACUACUUCUCUGACACACAUAAACUCGGGAAAGGAGGGUUUGGAUGCGUUUAUAAGGGUAUUUUAAAGGAAGGCGAAGUUGUAGCUGUAAAAAGGCUCUCAAAAACUUCCGGCCAAGGAAUUGAAGAACUUAGAAACGAGGUCAUAUUAAUCGCAAAACUUCAACAUAGAAACCUCGUUCGAUUACUUGGUUGUUGUAUCGAGGUCAAAGAAAAGUUGUUGGUCUAUGAGUACAUGGAAAACAAAAGUCUCAAUGCGUUUCUUUUUGAUAAACAAAAAAGUGCACAACUGAAUUGGCAAAUACGAUUCAAUAUUAUAUGUGGGAUUGCUCGAGGGCUUCUUUAUCUUCAUCAAGAUUCGAGGCUUAGAAUCAUUCAUAGAGAUAUUAAAGCAAGUAAUAUUUUUCUUGAUAAGGAAAUGAACCCGAAAAUAUCUGAUUUUGGGAUGGCUCGAAUUUUUUGGGGAGAUCAAACUGCAACAAAAACAAAGAAAGUGGUCGGAACAUAUGGUUAUAUAGCACCAGAAUAUGCAAUGGAUGGCAUUUUAUCAACAAAGUCGGACGUUUUUAGUUUUGGGGUUUUGGUUCUCGAGAUAGUGACUGGUCAAAAGAACAGAGGGCUCUACUAUGCAAGUGACCAACAUAAUCUCUUCCAACGUACAUGGAGAUCAUGGAACGAAGGCCACCCUUUGGAAUUACUCGAUGCAUCCAUAAGGGCUGAAUUUUCACAAGUAUUAAGAUGCAUACAAAUAGGUUUGUUAUGUGUUCAAGAACACGCAGAAGAUAGACCAAGUAUGUCGAAAGUGAUGUUAAUGUUGAGCGGUAACACUGAAGCCAGCAUGCCACAACCGAAAUAUCCUGGCUCGCUAUCAUCUAGCAAACAAGAUGAAUCCUUGACCAUGAACGAGGUCACAAUUACUAUACUAGACGGCAGGUAG